AUGAGUGAAAACAAUUUACGCCGGUCUCGCCGUACUCGGCAGCAGGUUAAUUAUUUGAGUGAAUAUGUCGAUCUGUCACCGGUUAAGAAGGAACUGGAAAAAGAACUCGCGGGAAUAGAUGAAGAGGUACAAAAAUCCACAAUACUUUUCGACGAUAAAGAUGUCAGCGGGAAUUGUAUCUACGGAUUCCAGACUCCGGUGAAGAAGAAUGCGAUGACUGAGAAGGCGAAGCAAUCCCAGACUCCUAGAACGCCAGCAUCGGUAUCCAAAAAUCUUAUGUCAGUCCGUGUGUUGGCUGAAAAAAUAGACGAGCUGUCUCCAGCUAAAGUCAGAUCUGCUGUAAAAAAACGGCAAGAUCAUUUUGACAGUGAGAGCGAGUCAGUGACCGAAGGAAGUGAGUACGAGCCUUCUGACAGUGACGGUGAAGAGGAGUGUAAUGAUGAUGACACUAUUGAUUCUGAUGCUAGCAAUCAGUCUGAUGUGGAAAAUAAUGCUGUAAAUGUUACACCGAAAAAAAACCAGAGAGUUGCUAAAAAAAUUCAGACUCCAAUCACUCCUUGCAGGCGGGGAAAAUCUAAGAAUAAUAUUGUUUAUCGUGAUUACCAUCUCAAGACAGACGAGUACUUUGAAACUCAAUCAGAGAAGGCUCUCACUUCAGAUCACACGCUGGGAAAACUAAAAAAUCCAAAAAUGAAUGAGGAAAAGCUCCAGGAGUUGCUAAAGGAUAAAAAUUACAUAUCGGAAAAACAUUUAGAAGGAAUUCAAGAACUUUUGGAUAGUUACAGAAGUUUAUUUCCCAUGUGGUAUCGCAUACUUGAAGAAGGUUACAGUUUACUACUACACGGAUUAGGCUCUAAAAGGAAUCUGAUAAACGAUUUUCACCAGGAAAUACUAUCCGAGCACCCGACGUUAGUAAUAAACGGUUUCUUUCCCAGUCUGACUAUAAAAGACAUACUCGAAGGAAUAAUAACGGAGCUUCUAGAGCUAGAGUGUCCUUCAAACAUAAAUGAUUGCUUCACGAUAAUCGAGAGCACGAUGAAGAAGAAUCCUGAUGAUCGUUUGUAUUUGCUGGUCCACAACAUUGAUGGUACAAUGUUGAGGUCAAACAAAUCCCAGGAUAUGCUUUCGCGACUCGCAGCCAUCGCGAAUGUAAGGAUGGUAGCAACUGUUGAUCACAUAAACGCUCCAUUGCUAUGGGACAACGUCAAGCGAGCCAGGUACAACUUCUACUGGUGGGACACUACGACUCUGUUGCCUUACGAAGCAGAAACUUCUUAUGAGAGCUCACUCCUGGUGCAGCGCAGUGGAGCUCUUGCUCUGUCUUCUCUAAGAAACGUAUUCGCGUCUUUGACGACCAAUGCAAAAGCGAUUUAUACAAUUCUUGUCAAGUAUCAAAUUGAGAAUGCUAAGAAUACGUUCUAUCAUGGCAUGGCUUUCAAGGAUUUGUACCGCAGUGCUCGAGAGAGGUUCCUCGUUAGCUCGGAUAUUGCUCUGCGCGCUCAGCUGACAGAGUUUCUUGAUCACAAACUUGUCAAGACCAAGCGUAAUGUUGAUGGUGCUGAUUUACACGCAAUCUAUGAUUAA